GUUGGUGGCGAUAGUGCUCCGAAAGGUGGCAAUUCGUCAUUAAACGGGAAGAAGAAGAAGAAGAAGGAGAGCCCAACACUUCCGGGCAAAAACACAAACACAUCGCACAAGCCAGACUGUGCAGUCAUGACGAGGUGGGCGAGAGCCAAUAACGUCCACAAACACAAACCAGCAGAGGCCACUCCAUGGAAUAAGUUGAAAGGGGGAGGAGGAGGAGGGAGAGGAGGUCACCCGGGAGGCUCAGGUAUUAAACACGGAGCUCAGAGGGAUCAUCUGAGAGGGACUCAGCCCGGCGGCUCCGCUGUGCAUAAACCCAACCGUAAGAAAAAGGACUACGAGAAUGAGGACGUGAACGGGUUCUUGGAGUAUCUGCAGCAGAGCGGACAGUCGCUGCCUAGAACUGAUAAAGGAGGGAGGGAGGGAGAGCAGCAGCUUAAGCAGGAGGUGCACAUCGCUCUGAAGAAAGACCAGAGGAGAGAGGACAGACGGAUAAAGAGGCAGAAUGACAAGAAGAGCAACAUGCUGUGUUUUAACUGCAGGAAGCCGGGUCACGGUUUGGCCGACUGUCCAGAGGCGGAAAGAGACGAGGAGAUGGGCCGAGGCAUCUGCUACCGCUGCGGCUCCACCGAACAUGAAAUCCAGAAAUGCAGAGCUAAAGUCGACCCUGCUCUUGGUGAAUACCCAUAUGCUAAAUGCUUCAUCUGUGGUCAGACCGGACACUUGUCACGCUCCUGCCCUGAUAAUCCUAAAGGAAUGUAUGCACAAGGAGGCUGCUGUCGUGUUUGUGGCUCAGUGGAACAUUUUCAGAAGGAUUGUCCAGAGCACCAGGCCUCAACAAACUCUGUGACUGUGGGCUGGUUGUCCAACAAUAUGAGUGCAGACCAUGAGGAGGUGCAUGUUCCAGUGAAGAAAGCCAAACCCAAGCAGACUAAAGUGGUGACAUUCUGAGAUCGUCUGCAACACUGUGACUCUGUUUUCUCUGACCAAUGUCACCGUCUGGACUCUGAUAAACGGAUUAUUUACUGUUCACAUGUAGUGAACUGGACUUCGGAUUUCUAUUUCCCGUUUUGUAUAACGGACAUCCUUUCAAUAAAGCAUUGCUUCUGUGUA